AUGUGCCCGAGCGACGAUCACAAGUCGUCGUCUUUAGAUGUAGGCUGGUGUCCAGUAUAUUACCCCACACACACUGAAUUCCAGUCGUUUGCCACCUAUAUCCGUACCGUGGUCGAACCCCAAUGCGCCAAUAUUGGCAUUUGCAAGGUCAUCCCUCCUAGCGGCUGGUUCAGCCGCUCAUACGAUAUUUCACAAUUGAAGUGCCAAGUCAAAGCCCCAGUCUGUCAGCACGUCGCUGGUAAGAAGGGCAUCUUUAAUGUGGACCUCGUAGAAAGGAAAAGCAUGAGCCCUGAAGAGUUUCAUGCCGUGGCUAAUGUUGCCAACAACCAAGAGCCGAAAGAUAAUGAUGAUCUUUUGGAUGUGGAGCGGCGAUUUUGGAAAGGAUUAAGGGGCACAAUGGAUCCACCUAUAUAUGGUGCUGACAUUGUGGCGUCGUUGUUUGGAGACGCAGAUGCCCUAUCGUGGAAUCUUAACGACCUGAACACAAUUCUUCGCACGAUUGACUUACCUGGAGUCACACAGUCUAUGUUGUAUUUUGGCAUGUGGAGAGCCAUGUUCGCGUUCCACACGGAAGACAUGGAUCUCUACAGCAUAAAUUAUUUGCACACAGGAAAACCUAAAUUUUGGUACGGUGUGCCUCCACAUGCUGCGACUCAGCUGGAACGUGCUGCGCAGUCGAUGUUUCCUGAAAAGUAUCACGAAUGCACACAGUUUCUUCGGCACAAAACAUCUCUGAUCUCACCUGCACGUCUAAAAGAAUUUGGAGUUCCAUUUUUUCGAGCAUGUCAAAAGCCGGGAGAGUUUGUGAUCACAUUUCCGGCAACUUACCAUCAGGGAUUUAAUUUUGGUUUUAACAUCGCCGAAGCUGUUAACUUUGCAACGCUUCAUUGGAUUCCAUAUGGGCUAAAAGCCAAGAUCUGUAAAUGUCAUCCUGAUAGCGUGCGAAUUGAUAUGGAUUCUUUUUUAAUGAGGUUAUUCGAAGAGCCCCGGUGCGAUUCUGAGGCAAUUGGUGAGGAUCCUUGGAUAUUUAGCUGCAAGUGUAACAAAUACUGCAGCAGCAACAGUCCACAUGUGGAAGUGGAGGAACAAUGGUUUGAAUGUUCAAAGUGUAAAAUUUGGGCUCAUGUUCGCUGCAUUCACUCUGGUCUGGCUGAUUUGGCUGCUGAAGACUUACCUCAGUCAUUGCUGUGCCACCGCUGUCUCGCUGAAGUUUCCUGUGGCAAGCCUUAUGAAUUGUCCAGUGUUGGUGUGGGACGACGAGGUGGCUCCGCAGUAAAGGUUAUACGCCGUAAACUGGGCAAGCGGAGGAAGGAAGCUCUGAUUUGCCCAAGGUCGGAAGCAGCGAGGGUGUCGGCUAUAACACUCUCGCCACAAAAUAAAGCCGCUUUAAGGUCAAAUGAUGGAGGAUCAUAUACGUUGAAGAGCACGGCAAAGAAUCGAGCAGCAAAUCGCAAGCAUCGUUUGAUCAAAGGCUCGAUCAUUCGAUUUGAAAGUACUGAGGCUAAGAUUUCAGCUGUCCAGGGCAAAUUUGUUCGCGUUCACUAUAAGGGCGAAUCUUUGGACAAAGACGAGUGGCUGCCAAUGAACUCCAAAAAGUUAUCCCAGGGAAUUGUAUCAGUGGUGCCACCUGUACCAAAGAGAAAAGAAUAA